AUGACGUCCCCAGAUGCAUUAGAUUGCCUGAGCGGCGCGGCAGCCACCGCUGCCUCUCACACAACGGCCAACUCCGUCGGCUUCGUGCCCAAGAUGGCCAACCCACCGGCGCACGACACCGCGAACAACUGCGGCCUCAACGAUGCGGCCUACAGCCCCACCGUCUCCCCUUCCUACAACACCGGUGCCAUUCCGCAAGAGCAGUCGAAGAUGCUAGCCGGGAUGCUGGCGAAGCUGCCGGAGCUUGACCUGGGCGAGAUGUCGCGCGUGAAGAGCUGCUUCUCUGCCGUCCUGGGCGAGGGACGGGAGAACAUCGUCAACGCUCUGGAGCUGCGCGUGGUGCUCGGCGAGCUCGGCCUCUACCCGAGCGAGGCGGAGCUCAACCUCGUCCUUCGCGCCUACCGUGACCGCGUCAACCUUGUUACGCUGACGCGGUACCUGCGGCUGUAUAAGAAGGAGUUCUGGAUCAAUCAUGCCGCGGCAGCGGCGGGCGGAGCCGGCGCUGUGCGCAGCGCGCCACUGUCUGCCGCACCGCGCUCCCACCAGGCGUUCCAUGUAAGUCAUCCCAUGGUCGCGUCGAGAGCGGGGGCCUUCGGCGUUGGCGGUGGCAUGGACGAGGACACGUUGAAGGCCUUCAUCGCCCUCGGCGGUGGGGAAGACGGCAGUGGCGAGAUCCUCGCGUCGACGCUGCGCGACGCCAUCCGCGGCUUCGGGCUCACCAUCGACAUCGACUCGAUGAUUCGCACCGUCGAUGUGCAUCACUCAGGCGUGCUGGGCUACGUCGACUUCUGCGCCUUAUGGUUGCAGUCGACCAGCACAUCCUUCGAGCCCGGCGAGGCCGGCGGCGCGGGGGUGUUCAUGGGGGAGGCACUGCAACGCGAAUCGGCCGACAACGCUGGGCCCGACACCUAUCGCCGUCGCUCGUCGCACGGGAGCACCAUGAGCGACACCCGCCAGCGGCUCAUGUCCUUGCUGGCCACCACGCCGCGACUCACCAGUCUUUCAGGUGGCGUGCUGCGCCGUCGAUCGAUGACGCAGGCGCCGGAGCAGGCGAGCACGCCGUCCCACGCACGCCACUGCUCGCCGGGUGGCACACACUUUUUCCAGAACACGAACAGCCGUACCGUGACACCGGCAUACAGCCCGCAGGCGGGCGGCGCCGGCAAUGGCCACGGCUUUGAUGGCGCGAUGGCGUGCAACUCUAUCUUGACGCCGCCGCCGACGCCUAUCACGGAGGAGGAGCACAUGCUACUCGUCGAGAUGUACCUCUUCCCGGAAAAGUACAAGACCGUGCGGCGGGCACCGCGCUUCGCUGCGGACCUCGGCGGCGGCGGCGGUGGCGGUGGCUCACCGGUUUACGGCGCGGCGGGCCGUGAGGCAGCGCUGCACUCCUCCGGCUCCUUGCAUCAAAAGCGUCUCUCGCGCCCGAGCGCGAGUGGCUCGGGCAGUCGCGGCCGCGGCCGUAGCCAGGCACGCGGUUUGGGGAACACGAGCGGCGGCGCGGAUGGCGGAGGUGCCGUCGCGGACUUCUUCCCCCCAAGGUCCAGCAACGUCUACCGCCCGCCGAGCCCGAUGAUCCUGUCGCUGCGUAACAGCACCGCCUAUCGCAACCGGCUGAAGCGGCUCGAGGAGCAGAAGCGGGAGCGCAAGGGGUGGAAGCCGCCGGCGGGGGCAGCGACAACGCAGCAGCAGCAGCAGUGA